AUGCAGCUGCCGCUGCGCGCUGGUCAGCACCGGAAGAUGCGACGACAGGAUUAUACUACACGACCAUCGAAUCACAGCCAUGGCCAAGUGACAGGUGUACGCGACGCGACGCGAUGCGACGCGUUGUACCGCAACACCGAGCCGAGCGACCGUCGGUCGAAAACGGAGGAACGAGUCCAGUGGACGGACGGACAGACGGGUACGCGGGGACAGCAGUACGUACAGGCGAGGCGAAACACACGGCACGUUGAGGCGAAAUGA